CUGAACGUUGCAUCGGUAUCGCGCCUCAUCGGCAUCGUCGACUUCAACGAAAACGACGACGGCAACAUCAACCAAAUCUUCAACGCCGCCGCAAUCGUCGUCGACCGCCAAAUCGUCGCCAUCUACCACAAGAACGAACUACCUAACUACGGGGUCUUCGACGAGCUCCGCUACUUCACUCCCGGCACAACCUGCCAGAUCAUUGACAUCAAUGGCAUCCCCGUCGGCGUCAACAUCUGCGAAGACAUCUGGGUAAACCCCGGAGUUGGUGAUGCCCAGUGCGUCGCCGGCGCAAAACUCAUCCUCACUCUCAACUCCUCGCCGUACGAGAUCGGUAAACUUCACACCCGAAUCGACCUAGUCACCGACCUCGCCAAACGACACCAAGCAUACGCCGUCUACACCAACCAAGUCGGCGGACAAGACGAACGACCGUCCCGAACAAUCCCCAAAAUCAUCAUCAAGCCGGCCAAAAUCAUCGCACCACGCUACAACACCGCCGCCAAAACCCGUAUCCCCGCGCCCGACGCGACCUUCCAAGAUGACAUCUCACAGGUCUACGCCGCGUUAACCCUAGGCACCCGCGACUACAUCCACAAAACCGGCUUCCAGAAAGUCGCCAUCGCACUAUCGGGCGGCAUCGACUCCUCGAUCGUUGCCUGCAUCGCCGCCGACGCCAUCGGACCCGAGAACAUCGUCGGCGUCGGCAUGCCGUCUCGCUACUCCUCCGAAGGCAGCCUCAUCGACGCCCAAGACCUCGCCGACCGUCUCAAAAUCCCGCUAUGGCGAAUACCCAUCGAACCCGCCCACGCCGCAUUCGAGCAAAUGCUCGCCGAAACCUUCCACGGACACGAAGCCAACACCGCCGAAGAGAACGUCCAAUCUCGCAUUCGUGGCAACAUGGCGACCGGAUACGCCACGCUCUACGGAGACAUGGCCGGCGGCUUCGCAGUCAUCAAAGACAUCCCCAAGCAACUCGUUUACCAACUCUCCGCAUACCGCAACCGCAUCGACGACUCACCGCCAAUACCCCAAUCCGUCAUCGAAAAACCGCCGACCGCCGAACUGCGACCCGACCAGCUCGAUGUCGAUUCGCUCCCCCCUUACGACCAACUCGAUCCCUUGCUCCGAGCGUACAUCGAAGAACGCCGCUCCAGCGAAGAGAUUCUCGAAGAGCUCGAAGGCGUAGAUCACGCCACGGCGGCGCGCAUCCUCCGCAUGGUCGACAUCAACGAAUACAAACGACGACAAUCUCCCCCCGGCGUCAAAGUAACCGGCCUAGCCUUCGGACGCGACCGCCGCAUGCCCAUAGCCUCCCGCUGGCGCCACUAA